AUGGGGCCCGUCGCCCCGGUCGGCAAUUUCAAACAAGCGGUGAAUUUUAGUGGGUUGCCUGCAAAGCAGGGCCUCUAUGACCCAGAAUAUGAAAAGGACGCCUGCGGUGUUGGAUUUUCAUGCCACAUCAAGGGAAAGGUCUCUCACAAAAUCGUCAGCGAUGCUCGAUCGCUUCUCUGCAACCUCUCUCACCGAGGUGCCGUGGGUGCCGACACACGCGACGGAGACGGUGCAGGUGUCAUGACCUCCAUGCCUCACAAAUUUGUCGUCAAGGAAUUCAACAGCCUCACCAAGUGUGUCAUCCCUCCAAUGGGCCAGUACGCCUUCGGCAAUGUCUUCUUUUCCCCAGACGAGGCUAUUCUCGCUGAGUCGAAGCAGGUCUUCACCCAGCUCGCCGAGUCACUCGACCUGCGCGUCCUUGGCUGGCGUGUCGUUCCCCGUGACUCGACCAUUUUGGGUCCUGCUGCACUUUCGCGCGAGCCCAUCAUUCAGCAGCCUGUGGUUGUGUUGAAGCGUGCUUAUGGCGAGGGUGAAUCGCCAGAGACCACCGACGCUGAUUCGUUUGAUACCAAGUUCUUUGAGCGACAGCUGUAUGUCUUGCGCAAGCAAGCCACACACAAGCUUGGUCUGGAGAAGUGGUUCUACAUCUGCUCCCUCUCCAACAUGAAUGUCGUGUACAAGGGUCAGCUUGCUCCCGUGCAAGUCUACAACUACUACCUCGACCUGUGCAACUCUGACUACGAGGCGCACUUUGCCCUGGUUCACUCGCGUUUCUCCACCAACACCUUUCCCUCGUGGGAUCGUGCUCAGCCCAUGCGUCUCGCUGCUCACAACGGAGAAAUCAAUACCCUCCGUGGCAACAAGAAUUGGAUGCGUGCCCGUGAGGGUCUCCUCAACUCGAAGCUCUUUGGCGACGAGCUCGACUCGUUGUACCCAAUUAUCGAAGAAGGUGGCUCCGACUCUGCUGCGUUUGACAAUUGUCUCGAGUUACUCGUCAUCAACGGUGUUCUCAGCUUGCCCGAGGCUGUAAUGCUCAUGGUCCCUGAAGCCUGGCUCGACAAUGACCACAUGGAGGACGACAAGAAGGCUUUCUACGAAUGGGCGUCCUGCAUGAUGGAGCCUUGGGAUGGACCUGCAUUGUUUACGUUUGCUGAUGGCCGUUAUUGUGGUGCGAACCUCGAUCGUAACGGUCUGCGACCUUGUCGAUUCUACGUCACGACAGACGACAUUAUGAUUUGUGCUUCCGAGGUCGGUGCCAUUCUCAUUGAGCCUGAGAAGGUGCUCUCCAAGGGUCGAUUGCAGCCUGGUAAGAUGCUGCUUGUUGACACCAAAGAAGGUCGUAUCGUCGAUGACAAGGAACUCAAGCACAAGACUGCCAGCCGUUGUGACUUCCAAGGAUGGGUCGACCAGCAAAUCUUGUCACUUCCUCGCAUCCACGAGAAGCUCAAGGCCAACAAUGUCAAGUUGGCACCCACACUUGAUGAUGCUACGAUCGCCGAUGAUCGUCGUUUGCUCGCCUUUGGAUACACACUCGAGCAACUCAACUUGCUCGUGGCUCCCAUGGCUUCAGAUGGAAAAGAGGCUCUCGGCUCCAUGGGUAAUGAUGGACCUCUUGCUUGUAUGGCGCCUCAGCCGCGUCUCAUGUACGACUACUUCCGUCAGCUCUUUGCUCAAGUCACCAACCCGCCCAUCGAUCCCAUUCGAGAGAGCAUCGUCAUGAGUCUGCAGUGCUACGUUGGCCCUCAAGGUAACUUGCUCGAGAUGAACGCCAAGCAGUGCGCACGUCUCAAGCUGCCAUCGCCUGUUCUCAGCAUGGAGGAACUCGAAGCCAUCAAGCAAAUGACCACCAUCAACCCUAGCUGGCGCGUCAAGACACUCGACUUGACAUUUGCCAAGUCGGAAGGUACGGCUGGCUACAAGAAGCACCUCGAUGAAGUGUGCGCUCAAACUGAAGCUGCCAUCGCCGAAGGUUACAAGGUUGUCGUCCUUUCCGACCGUGCCACCGCUGCUGACCGCGUUCCCGUCUCUGCACUCAUUGCUUCCGGCUCGGUGCACCACCACUUGGUCAAGAACAAGCUGCGUUCGCGUGUUGCAUUGCUCGUUGAGACUGGAGAAGCGCGUGAAGUACACCACCUCUGUGUCUUGCUCGGUUACGGUGCUGAUGGUGUUUGCCCAUACUUGACUUUUAAGGCCAUUGCCAAGCUCGCUCGCGAGAACGCGCUCAAGGACUGCACGAACGCUGAUAAGGCUGUGCGCAACUGGAUCAAAGCUGCCGAUGGCGGUAUCCUGAAAGUCAUGUCAAAGAUGGGUAUUUCGACGUUGCAGUCGUACAAGGGUGCUCAAAUAUUUGAAGCGCUUGGUGUUGAUCAGUCUGUUAUCGAUGUUGCCUUUGUUGGUACAGCUUCACGAAUCAAGGGUAUCACCUUUGACUGGAUUGCUCAAGAUGCCUUUGCCUUCCAUGAAAAGGGAUGGGCGUCGCGCGAGACUGUACAAAUUGCUGGUCUGCCCGAGUCUGGUGAGUACCACUGGCGAGAUGGUGGCGACCCUCACAUCAACAGUCCCGCUUCGAUUGCCAACUUGCAGGAUGCUGUCCGCUCCAAGAACGAUGCCUCGUACGCAAAGUACUCUGCCUCUGCCUAUGAGCAAAUCAAGAAUUGUACUUUGCGUGGUAUGCUUGACUUUGAUUACGACUCUGGACGUGCUAUUCCACUCGAACAAGUUGAGCCAUGGACUGAGAUUGUGCGUCGUUUCUGCACAGGUGCCAUGUCGUAUGGAUCUAUCUCCAUGGAGUCUCACUCUGCACUGGCUAUCGCUAUGAACAGACUUGGCGGCAAGUCCAACACGGGUGAAGGUGGUGAAGACCCAGAGCGAUCCAUGAAAUUGGCUAAUGGCGACACCAUGCGUUCUGCCAUCAAGCAAAUCGCCUCUGGCCGAUUCGGUGUGACAUCCUACUACCUCUCCGAUGCCGAUGAGUUGCAAAUCAAGAUGGCACAGGGUGCCAAGCCUGGAGAAGGUGGUGAGCUGCCUGGCCACAAGGUGUCCCAGAGUAUCGCUCGCACGCGUCACUCUACCCCCGGCGUUGGUCUCAUUUCUCCACCUCCGCACCACGACAUUUACUCCAUUGAGGAUUUGAAGCAGCUGAUUUACGAUCUCAAGUGCUCCAACCCUCGCGCACGCGUCUCUGUCAAGCUCGUGUCUGAAGUCGGUGUUGGUAUUGUUGCCUCGGGUGUUGCCAAGGCCAAGGCUGAUCACAUCCUCAUUUCUGGUCACGAUGGUGGUACUGGUGCUUCUAG